ACUGCGCUCCCCGUCUUCCGGCUGCCGGCCUCGUGUCCCUAGGAGCGGACGCCGGGACCCUCGCGGCCCGCCAUGGGCCCGCGCCGCAAGCCUGAGACCCCGAGGAGGCGCAGCGCGAGCCCGGCCCGGACCCGCAGCGAGAGCAGCACGGCCCGGCGCGGCCCCUCCGGAGGCCCUUCCUUCCAGCGGAGACAUGGCUGGCUUAAAGAGAUCCGGAAGCUGCAGAAGACCACACACCUCUUGUUAAGGAAGCUGCCCUUUGCCCGCGUGGCGAGAGAAAUAUGCAGUAAAUUCACUCGCGGUCUCCACUUCAAUUGGCAAGCACAGGCCCUGUUGGCCCUUCAAGAGGCAGCAGAAGCAUUUCUGGUUCACCUUUUUGAGGACGCCUAUCUCCUCUCUAUACACGCUGGCCGAGUUACUCUCUUCCCCAAGGACGUGCAGCUGGCCCGGAGGAUCCGGGGCAUUCAGGAAGGACUCGGCUGAGCGCCCGUCCCUCUGGAUGAUCCCCUGGGAGCCAUGACUAGAUCAGAGGUGCUGCGGGGACUCUGCUGCCUCUCAGCUGUGUGCAUGUUGCCUGUGAAACUUGCCCCAUGAAGGGGAAGACUGCAGGACUUUCCCCUGAACCAGAGGUGUUAGAGAAGACAAGGCAAGACAGUUCCAACAGCUCGAAAAGUAUGUGCAGCUAGAAGACUCCAAACCAAUAUUACUUUGUGAAUUACUCAUACAACUAUUAAAGAUUUUAAAGACAUGGAUCUGUUGGGGGAGAAGCAUAUUGUUCUUUUAGAUCUCUCUGUACUAUGCCUUUUUUCUUUUACUAUAUGUAUAUUUCUACUUUUAUUUAAAAUAUAAGGGGGAAAAAAACACAAGGAAAAAAAUACUUCAAUCAGUCACAGGGAGAGGCCCAGCAUGCCUUGCGUACAAAUCUUGUGUAUGACUCUUACAGAUUCUUCUCACCAUUUAGUGCCUAUCAGCAAGUGUGUAGCUUUUCAAAACUUAAUUGGAGUUGAAAUUGAAA